UAAAGUUUUGUUUACAUAGCAACAUCGAUGUUUGGAUUCAAAUUUGACGGUUGCUAUGUUAGAUGGAUUUAUUGACACGAUGGAUUCCCGUGACAUGUGUUUCUUGAAAAUCAGAAAUCCGAAACUGACAUUAAUAAGUUUUACAUAGUAUAGUCUUUGCAGUAAGUAGAAUGGCGCACAUAAAUGAUGGAGAAUACACCAAAACUAUUUACAGCAUGAUUAAAGAAGGUUUGUUUAAAGAGGCAAUUGCUGUACUCAACCAGCAGUUCCAGGCAAACACAAAUUCUAGAGCUGCUCUUUCUCUUCUUGGCUACUGCUAUUAUUUCACACAAGAUUUUGUCAAUGCUGCGAACUGCUAUGAACAUCUGACCGUUGUUUGCCCUGAAGUUGAUGAUUAUAAGCUGUACUAUGCUCAGUCAUUGUAUCAAGCAUGCUUUUAUCAAGAAGCUAUGAAAGUCACAUGCCAGAUUGAAAAUCCCGAUUAUCAAGCAAAGAUUGUUAAGUUGCAAGCUGCAAUUAAGUAUGGUGAAGAAGAUCUAGCUGCUGCUAAGAGUUUAGUUGAUCAGAGUCCUCCUGGUGAUCCAGACACAGAAGUGAAUUUAGGAUGCUUGCUUUUCAAGGAAGGAAGAUAUGAAGACGCAUGCAAGAAAUUUAUGCAAGCUAUGCAAGUUGAAGGAUAUGUUCCAGAUUUAUCAUAUAAUAUAGCACUAUGUUAUUAUCGUUUGAAACAAUAUGCAUUAGCUCUUAAGCAUAUAGCUGAAAUAAUUGAAAGAGGAAUAAGAGAACAUCCUGAAUUAAGUGUUGGUAUGAACACUGAAGGAAUUGAAGUUAGAAGUGUUGGGAACACAAUAACUCUUCAUGAAACUGCACUUAUAGAAGCUUUUAACCUUAAAGCAGCUAUUGAGUAUCAACUCAAAAAUUUUGAUGCUGCAAGGGAAGCACUUACCGAUAUGCCUCCUAGAGGUGAAGAGGAAUUAGACCCAGUUACUCUUCAUAAUCAGGCUCUCAUGAAUAUGGAAACUCAUCCUACUGAGGGUUUUGAAAAGUUGCAGUUCCUAAUUCAGCAAAAUCCUUUUCCUCCUGAAACUUUUGGCAAUUUAUUAUUACUGUAUUGCAAACAUGAGUACUAUGACUUGGCAGCUGAUGUUUUGGCAGAGAAUGCUCACCUAACUUAUAAAUACUUAACACCUUACUUGUAUGAUUUCUUGGAUGCUCUUAUAACACAACAAACCUCACCAGAAGAGGCAUAUAAAAAGUUUGAUGAAAUGGCUGCUCGUCAUAUAGAAACUUUAAGAAAACUGACAAAGCAAGUACAAGAAGCUCGUCAGAAUCAUGAUGAGGAAGGAGUUAAAAAAGCAGUUAAUGAAUGUGAAGAAGCUUUGGAACGGUACAUUCCUGUUCUUAUGGCUCAAGCAAAAAUUUAUUGGGAUAUGGAAAAUUAUCAACAAGUUGAGAAAGUUUUCCGAAAAUCUGUUGAAUUUUGCAAUGAUCAUGACAUAUGGAAACUAAAUGUGGCUCAUGUUUUAUUUAUGCAAGAAAAUAAAUUUAAAGAAGCAACUGGUUUUUAUGAGCCAAUUGUGAAAAAAAAUUAUGAUAAAAUAUUGAAUGUCAGCGCUAUUGUUCUAGCCAACCUUUGCGUUUCGUACAUCAUGACUUCACAAAAUGAAGAGGCUGAAGAACUGAUGAGAAAAAUUGAAAAAGAGGAGGAGCAGCUAGCGUAUGAAGAGCCAGAUAGGAAAAUAUUUCACCUGAGUAUCGUCAAUUUAGUUAUUGGAACUUUGUAUUGUGCCAAAGGAAAUUAUGACUUUGGCAUUUCUCGAGUAAUAAAGAGUUUGGAGCCUUAUUCCAAAAAACUUGGAACUGAUACUUGGUUCUAUGCUAAACGUUGUUUCCUGUCACUUUUGGAAAAUCUUGCAAAACAAGUGUUUGUCAUCAGAGAUGCUGUAUUAUACGACUGUCUGCAAUUCUUUUCCCAAUGUGAAGCUUAUGGACGAAAUGUUAAAGUUGCAAUGGAACAACCUUUGGACACUAUACCCAUUCAUGCUGGAAAAAAUACUGUAACAUACGAAGCUCGUCUCCUAAAAGCUAUUCUUCUAGAAAUCAUGGAGUGAAAAUACAAAUUCUGGAAUUGAUUCCUCUUCAGCAUUCUACCAGCUCUGUCCAAAUUAACUUUUAUAAAAGUAAAACUAUGCUCUGAUUAUGUGUAGGUUUCAACUAUGUAAAAUUUAUAAUUUAUUUUUUCAGAACUUGCAAGAAAUAUAUGUAUUGAACCAAUGUACCUAUGAUCUUCACAACAAAAUGCUUUAUAUUUUAACUGAAAAUAUAUGUAAACUACAUACAUAUGAAAACCAGUUUACAUUUUUAUGUUAUUAAUAGUUAGCCAGCUUAUAAGUUUCCCUUUCAGAUUUUAAAAAUAAUUUAUUAAUAAAACAUAUAAAUAAACUUCACAUACUUUUUAAAUAAAUGUUUUGCUGCAUUAAUUACUAUAUCACUUUAUUUAAAUUAUAAUGAUGAAAAAGUUUACAAAUGAGGCUGAACUUUUCUGUCUUAAUUUUUUUGAAGAACUAUUCAAAUAUAUUUAUAAAGCUUUAAUGUGUGUGUAUAAAAUGGAAAAAAGCUUUUAUGCAAUAAUAUACAUAUACAUGUGUCAAUCUGGAAUCCAUAGAAUAUGCAAUAUAUAUAUAACUGGAAUUAGCUUUUUACUUAAUUUAUUGAAUGUUCAUUAUUUUUUAAUGUUAUGACUCUAGUCAUUGGAAUAUUGUGAAUGCACAAUAUAUUUAUGUAGAAUAUAUAAUAUAUCUGUUGAAAUUGUUUUAUAAGUUUUUGUUGUAAAUUAUAUAAAAAUAUUGCACAUA